AUGCCUACGGCGGUGAAUUUGGCGAAGCAAUGCUUAACGGCGGAAUCAGCCUACGCGCUGGAAGAAGCCGUCAACGUGGCGCGUCGACGUGGACACUCUCAAACGACAUCGCUUCACGCUGUCUCCGCUUUACUCUCUCUCCCGACAUCUGUCUUACGCGACGCUUGCGCUCGUGUCCGAAACUCUGCUUACUCUCCUCGUCUCCAGUUCAAAGCUCUAGAUCUCUGCCUCAGCGUUUCACUUGACCGUAUCCAAUCGGGUCAACCAGGAUCCGAUGAUCCGCCUGUCUCCAACUCUCUCAUGGCCGCAAUCAAACGGUCUCAGGCUCACCAGCGUCGUCUCCCGGAGAAUUUCAGGUUGUAUCAAGAGAUGUCUCAGAACCAGAACUCGAACUCGAACUCACUCUCUUGCGUGAAAGUCGAGCUUCGUCAGCUGAUUCUCUCUAUCCUGGAUGAUCCGGUUGUGAGUCGGGUUUUCGGGGAAGCGGGUUUUCGGAGCUCCGAGUUAAAGCUCUCGAUUAUCCGACCGAUACCCCACCUUCUCCGUUAUUCAUCUCCUCGUGGGCAGCAACAGCCUCUGUUCCUCUGCAGCGUAACCGCAAAUCAUCAUGAACCGGAAUUGAACCCGGUUCGAUGGGGUUUCGGCGUCCUGAACCGGAAUCUCGGCGGAGAUUCGAAUCACUGGAGGAUCAGCGACGUUUUCACGAGGGAAAAAGGGAGGAAUCCUCUGCUUGUGGGUGUAUCAGCUUACGGUGCGCUAACCGAUUUCUUAAAUUCGCUUGAAAACCGAACCGAUGGGAUACUACCGACGAAGCUCCACGGUUUAACCGCCGUUAACAUCGGUUUAGAAAUAUCCGAUCAAGUAAACGUCAAAUUCGAUAAAACCUACACCGACGCGAGGUUUCGCGAUCUGGGGAAGGCGGCUGAGCAAAGCUCAGGACCUGGAUUAGUCUUGAAUUACGGAGAUCUGAAGAUUUUCACCGACGGCGAAGGAAACGAAUCGGCGGCGAAUUACAUCGUGAGCCGAGUUUCGGAGCUGUUGCGGAGAUGCGGGAGGAGAGUGUGGUUGAUCGGAGCGACGGCGAGCAAUGAGGAUUAUGCGAAGAUGGUGAAGAAGUUUCCGAAUGUGGAGAAAGAUUGGGAUUUGCAGUUACUCACCAUCACUACUCUUAGGCCUUGUUUGCCUCACCACAAAUCCAGUUUGAUGGGAUCGUUUGUUCCAUUUGGUGGAUUCUUCUCAACUCCUUCUGACCUGAAAUUACCCUUCUCCGGUUUCAACAAGGAAACCACCGGGCCGGUUUCUUCCAUAUCUGAUCAGACCCAAUCUACAUUGCCACCUUGGUUACAGAUGAGCACAAGAACCGAUUUAAACCAAAAAUCUGGUUCCAAGGUCCGUAUACUGUUUUCCCCUCCUAAUUUGUUAACCUCCCAUAUUCGUCGAAUGCAGAUCAAAGAAGGGUUGGAAUCAGUUAAGUCGAAGAGCAGUGCUUCUGCCUCGACCGGCUCAGCUAAAUCGGUCACAACUGAUCUGAAUCUGAGGAUGUGUCCGGUCACCGCAGCACCCGGUCUCAAGAAGCAUGUGGAGAGCAACGAUUUUGCUCAGACACGAUCUGCAUCCUCUUGCUUGGAUAAUCAAAGGGAUGUCAACGCAGAGAGUUUCAAGAUUAUAUACCGAAGAUUAACCGAUAUGGUUUCAGGGCAAGAUGAGGCUGCUAGAGUUAUAAGCUGCGCACUGUCACAACCGCCUAAGAUUAGCACUAGAAGAGAUGUCUGGCUCAAUUUGGUUGGGCCUGAUGCCGUAGGGAAACGGAGAAUGUCGCUUGUGCUUGCCGAGAUUGUGUAUCAAAGUGAACACAGAUUUAUGGCCGUUGAUCUUGGUGUUGCGGAGCAUGGAACGGGCGGUUGUGAUGAUGUGAUGCGGCUGAGAGGAAAGACAAUGGUGGAUCAUAUCUUUGAAGUGAUGUGUAGGAAUCCUUUCUGUGUGGUUUUCCUUGAGAACAUUGAAAAAGCGGACGAGAAGCUGCAGAGAAGCUUGUCAAAGGCUAUCGAAACUGGAAAGUUUAUGGAUUCGCAUGGGAGGGAAGUCGGAAUCGGAAACACAAUGUUUGUUAUGACGUCAGGUUCAGUAGAAGAUUCUGGAGCAAUCACCUCUUAUUCUGAAGAGCAACUCUUGAGAGCCAAAGGCAGACAAGUGGAGAUAUGGAUUGAAACUGUGUCCACGUUACCAAAUGUGAGAUCGGUUUCCAGCCUGAGCUCGGUGAACAAGAGGAAGCUGAUGGGCUUGCGGGAAACUGAGGAGAAGAAUGAGACUGUAGAGAAGGGAAAACGGCUGAACAGAACAACUAAAGGAGUUCUUGAUCUGAACCUUCCGGCACAAGAAACCGAGUCCGAGAAAAGAAAUCAUAGUGAAGAGAACUCAAAGCUUUGGUUAGUGAACUUGAAGAAUCAAGACCGUCUCAUUGAGGUUCCUUUCAAGCCUUUCGAUUUUGAAGGAUUAGCAGAGAAAAUCAAAAAGAGCGUAAAAGAAAUGUUCGACAAGUGCGUGAGAUCGGACUGUUUGCUCGAAAUUGACCCUAAAAUCAUGGAACGAUUAGUAGCGGCUGUUUAUUUCUCUGAUAGUAGAAAAGAUAUCAUCAAAGAGUUGAUGGAGAAAGUAUUGGUUCGAUUGUUCUUGCAUGUUAAAGAAAGGUAUGAAAUCACUUCUGGUUGUGUAGUAAAACUAGUUGGUCGAGAUCUUGACGUUUUUCGUGAGGAUCAAAUGGACUUGUUCCUUGUAAAAUCUCAGUAG